CCUCUAAAAUGAGUCUCUCUGGGGAGAGAGAGGAGGGGACCACUGCCUCUAAAAUGAGUCUCUCUGGGGAGAGCGAGAAGAGAAUCACUGCCUCUAAGAGGAAGUAUUCUGAAACAGAGGAGGGGGCCACUGCCUCUAAAAAGAGUCUGCCUCAAGACACCAGUUCUAAGAGAGACCAUGGUGGAGAGUGUUGUAUCAAGCCUGGACCUGAGAACACCAGAGACCAUGGUGGAGAGUGCUGUAUCAAGCCUGGACCUGAGAAAUGGAUUCCUCAGAGCUGUAAGACUUGUGACCAUGUUGAGGACUCCACACACUGGCUUCAGAUUGAACCCUUGACUUCCACUGUCCAGGGAGUGACAAUGUUCAGGCACAGGACACCCAAAGGGCGUUAUGAGUGCACAGUGUCUGGGCUCCGCUGGGUGUGUGACAGAGAUGUCAUUCUGAAGUAUCACUUCAGGAACUGGUAUCCCUACAGUCAACUUCUGAAAGACAUGCAGUACGGACAAGGUGGUCCAUUGCUGGACAUCACUAUGGAGUUAGGUGAACUGGAGGAAGUUCAUCUGCCACACUUUGUCUGUUUAGGGACCAACCCUUCCCUGGGGAAUGAGAUGAAGAUUCUUCAUGUAGAGGAACAUGGAGUGUCUGUUGAGGAAGUGCAUGAGGUCACCAGAUUCCAUGCUAAGAUUCUCCAUCCCAAGUUCUCAGUUAUCUCUGUUAUACUGAGCUAUAUCUUUUCGUGGAACAUAGAUGUCCACUGUGAGCUGAUGCUCUAUAUGACAGUGAAAAAGGAAACACUAAUUCCACGCCUAUACCUGUUCCCCAGUAACCCCAGCCAAAUACAGGCUGUGGAACAACAGGAAAAGUCUCAAGGGUCUUCAAGGGUUCUCAUCUCAAGACCAGAGCAGGCCUUCAAACUGAAUAGUUACUUCAGACUGAACAUUCCCUGUUCUACCUACAUCAAUCCACCGAAGAUUCAUCUCAUACAUAGAGACUCCACACCAAGCUUUUUCAAGGCGGUUGUGAAAAUGACAGGGGUUGACAUUGAGAUGGAGUUAUUCGGGUGA